GUUUUUAUGAAACAUUGUUGUAACAUGAUUCAUCAAUUUAGAGCAACAAAACAAAUUAAAAACGAACUUACAAGGAACGACGCACUUUUACAUAUGGAUUUCUCAGAAAACUAUAAUUGCAAAUAUGGAAGUGAAAUACAAUCAGCACAUUUCGGUGGAGCUAAACCACAAAUAUCAUUGCAUACGUCUGUGUUGUAUUAUUUCAAUGAAUCCGAAGAUAAAGUAAGCUCUACCCUUUUGUACAUGUUCGGAGAAUCUAAAUCACGACCCUGUUAUGAUAUGUGCUCAUUUAAACCCAAUCUUAGACGAAAUUCUUAAAAUAGUCCCCAAACUUAAAUGCAUUCACUUUCUCAGUGAUAGUCCGUCAACGCAAUAUAGAAAUAAAACUAUGUUUUAACUGAUGGCUGAGUAUUUGUUGAAAAAAUUAAAUGUUGACUGUAUGUCCUGGCACUAUACUGAGAGCGGCCAUGGAAAGGGAGCACCCGAUGGAGUUGGUGGGUGUUUAAAGAGAACUGCUGAUUACAUUGUAGCUAAAGGACAAGACGUCUCAAAUUUCAAAGAACUAAUUCAAUGUCUAACCUCCAACUGCAAAGGCAUAAAAGUUAUUCCUAUAACUGACUCGGUAGUUCCUGACAUUCAAAGUUUGGUAAGUGAUCCGCAAACUUUUAAAGGCACGAUGAAGAUCCACCAAGUAAGCUGGUCUAGAAUAACAGCAAAUAUCAUACAUGCAAGAAGGCUCACUUGCAAGAUGUGUCUGCCAGAAUAUAAUUGUCCACAUUAUGGAAUCGGAAAAAUCCCAGUAUUGCCUAAGCAUACAAAAGUGGCAUAUUCAGAUGUCUAUUCCUCGGAUUCAUCUGAUUCUUAAAAAUCAAUUUUAAUAAUUUUGUUCCAAAUUCUUCUAAAAGUUAUAAUUCAUAACUGCUUAUAAAGAUUUAUGGCCGUAUGCACAAACGUUGAUUUAAUUAAAUCAGAGAUUUAGCAUAGUAGUUAACUUAGGUACUUUAGUAAAUUUGGCAACAAAGCACUUUUAAAUGUAUAUUAAUCUACGAUUAAACUAAUUAAUCAUAGAUCAAUACGUAUUAAUUGUGCUAUGUUUCCCAAAUUUACUAAAAACCUAAAUUAACUGAUACUCUAAAUCUUUGAUUUAAUAAAAUCAACGUU